AUGUCAGGACAUGCAUGUGUUAUGAGCUCGCAUCGGUGGAUUCUGCUCGCCUGUGGCCUGCUUAGACUCGCGCGCGCUGGCAAUGCACAGGUGACACUGGAUGCCUCGGCACAGGCACAUGUGCAACUUCAGACGACUCGCCUCAUUCGCAGCCAUCGCCGGCCGACAGAAAGUCAACAGAGGAAGCAUGGAUCGUCGCCGGGCGUCGGGGUUCUCCAGGCGGAGAUCCUGGGCAACGAGAGCCUCCUACUGGAUCAGAGGCUGCAGUUUGUGGCCCGCACGCUCAGAGUUGGCUCGCCAACGAAGGACUUCUUGAUGAAGCUAUCCUUGUGUGUUCCUUGCGGCCAAUUCGAGAAGUUCGGAGACCAGAAUCAAGGUUAUGUGAUGUGCACUGAAGACUUGGAGCGCAGCACCAUCGCAGCAGCCUAUUCUUAUGGGGUUGAUGGCAACGACUCCUGGGGAACGGAUAUGGCAUCCAGAUUUGGAUUUUCUGUUCAUGAAUAUGCAAAGGACUGUGGAGAACCUCGUCGGCCCCUGGUCUGCAACGGCUGCCACAUGAACUUCCACCCUGACUGCACGGUGGGUGCACGUGGACCACUGGCAAACUCGAAGAUUAAGACCCUCACACAGAACUUGCAGGACAACGCCGACACGGAGGACGGAACUCUACUUCUAAAGCUGGAUGCUAACGGCAACGAGUGGGAGGUGUUUGCAGAGGAGCCCGUGUCCACGCUGCAGAAAUUUCGUCAGGUGGCUGUGAAAUUCCACAAGGUCACGCACCAAGAGAAGCACAGCCUAUACUUGCGGGCUGUUCGAAAACUGGAGGAGUCUGGAUUUGCUGUGGCUUUUCUAUCCGGCCAGAACUAUGGAAAGCUGACCCACUUUGAAAGAGACCUGCGUGACUACCACAUACCCGACGAGCUUCAGGUUGUGUAUAUGCAGCUGCCGUCGCAAGGCUGCUCUCAAGAACUAAAGUAUCGCGUGCCUGAUGAGAUCCCAGAUAUCGUGCCAGAGCAAACUGUUCUUGAAGAGCAACUUCCAAGCGCAUCAGGACACGUGUGA